AUGCCGUCCUUGGAAAGCGUUAAAUUUACAGAAGAAAAUGGCAACGUUUCACAUGUUUUGACGCCAAAUAAUGAGGAUGCUAGUACUUCCACUUUUGUUGAUUCUACCCCUAUACAAGAUGAAUCUUUUAGCAAGAAUCUUCCAAUUUGUGAUUCAGAUGCUUCUUUUCCUUGUGUUACAUUGAAACAAGAACGGUUGCAUUGUAUUUACAGAGAAUAUGAUGCUGUUGUCAAAAACUUUAUUGAAGGUGUUUAUGUCACACCUGGUGCUGAAUCCCCACUCGUUUGGUUUGGACUUUUAGUUGUUCGAACAGGAAUAUUUUAUGGAGGAUUAUUUCGUUUUACAAUAACAAUUCCUGAAGAAUUUCCUGACACAAAUGAAAUUCCGAUUGUUCAAUUUGAAGAAUCCUUGUUCCAUCCACUUAUUAAUCCAAAAAACAAUUGUGUGGAUUUAACCAGAUUUUUUCCUAGUGGUUGGCAAAGAGACAGAAAUCAUAUUUAUCAAGUUAUUACAGCAACUCAGGGAAUAUUCUUCCGCUGUCAAUGUGAACCUUCCCAAGCUGCAAACCCUGAAGCUUCCAUUUUAUUAAAAGAAAAUAGGUCAAAAUUUGUUCAAUUAGCUCAUAAUGCUGUUAGAAGAAGUCGAACUCAAAUUUAUGCAUUGCCUUCCUCUGAUGAUCAAAAUGCUAUAAGAUUUACCCCAUGGGAUGAUGUUGAAAUGGAGCCUUAUAGACAAUAUUUACUUGGGAAGAGUGAAUUGCCGGAAAAUAAAAAAUUUAAUUGGAGAAAACAUCCAAUUAAAAGUGGUUUAAGUUGGGUUAAAAAUGAAAAACAACAACAAAAUAAUUCUUUGUUUUAUUUAUGUGAUCAUUUUUGUUGA